AAAUGAAGGUCUCGCACAACUAAUUCAGCCAAUCAUGCAGCUGGUGUUCCCCCUGAACCAAGUCCAUGAAAAGUGUGUUUCUGAGGUUUGUAGCUAUUUCCUGAGUAAAUAACACCUGCGAUGGGUACUUUCUAUAUACGAGAAUUAAAAGAAAGGUCUUGAGAUUUUAAAAUAUACACUCCUGGUAAAAAUAGUAAGAUGUAAGAUUCCACGUGUAAAAAGUAGGGAAUUCCCCAUGUGGGGGUUCCCCUGUCCACUGUAAAUAUCAGGGUUACUGUCUUUCAAGUACUGAUGUGCUCUUAUAUGCUAUUAAACCUAUGCAAUAACAUCAUAUUUCUGGUAGGGAAAACUUCAAUCUUUAAUUUGAUAUAAAUUUCACAACAUUUGAACAUUAAAUGAGCGAUUAAGAGGAUGAGUCAUUGACAAUAAUAUAUAGUAAAAUAAUUAGUUGUGUGAGACCUGAAUUGUACAACAGUUGUGAUUAUCUCCCCUUGCAGAAAUCUUUGCGUUGUCAUGUAAACAUCACACACAAAAUGGCGCCGAAAUGGGCAGUGACCUGACAGUCCAACAUAAAGAAGUGCAUAAUAAACAGUCAAGAUGACAGCAUACAAGUUCACAGCUCACAAACAACUACGACAGUUGCUCAAUGAUGCUGAAGUUGUACAGAAAAAGGAUAUCAAGGACUAUGCAGGGGGUCACUUAAACCAGUCUAAUUUGUAUAGACCCCCGACACAGUGGGGAAACCAAAAAUGGAAUAAGACCAACCCAGAGCCUCUCUCAACCAAAUCUAAGUCUAAGAGCACCAUUGUGGUGAAAACAAGACCUCCUACAGAGCGAGAUCAUAAGAUGAGGGACGUUCUGUACGAUUUCAGUAUUGGUACAUCAGGCAGUUUGCCAACACAUCCAAAAAAUAGACAAUCAAAAAGUCCUAGAAAAUUUUCAGAAUCCCGAACAUCUACAAGAAAAUGUCCUAGUGCUUCAUCCAAUAGGUCACUUUAUACAGAAAUGGAAAAAGAUGGUGUUUAUGUGGAAGAAUUAAAGACUGAUGAAGUGAUGUUAUCAUCUCCCAGAAUUACAAACUCUAAAGGCAAGAAGCUGCCACCUGUGGAGGACAAUGAAUACACUGUGAUGGAGGACCUAGCCAAAAGUCUAGCUGAGGAAGGACUUCUAACAUUCAGACAUACAUUCUUACCAACACACCACAUGGGUGUCACAAAGAAGGACCAGUACAUCAAACUUAUGAGUUUUGAAACAGAUAUAUUAAAAAAGAAGGAAUCAAAUGAAAAGAAAGUUUUGUCUGGUGAAAAAGCGGUCAGACAUCUGGAAGAGAGACUUCAGCAGGAACUUGAUUCCAUGAAUUUUUUUGACAUGGGACCUAAUUUUCACAAGCUGCAAAUAUACAGUAAUACAUUUGAGGACUUGAUUGAGGACUCUCCAACAUUUGUGUAUAUCCUUCGAGCUGUCAAGACAGAAUAUGAUAACUACAUCUCCAAGCUCCUGGACACCCAGACUCCCCAACACAGUAAAUUAUUAAAGGAACAAGUAGAGCAGAUGGCCAGUCGUGGAACAUCACGCCCUGAUGACCUCCAGGAAGCUAAGGACAGGGUUGCUCAUCUAGAACAAAAAGCCAAAGACAAACUUGAAGAGAAUCAAAAAUUAAGGAGGAUGUUGGAGGAGGAGGAGGAACGGCUUACCAGUGUUCCUGAACCAGAUCUACAAAGGAAGAGGUCCAGUGCGUUCCGUGAGGAAGGUCCGGCAGAACUGGCUGAUGAGAUUGAGCAUGCCAAAGCUUUGAUCCUUGAGAAACUGGAUGAUCUCACCAAUCUGAGAACAAAACUGCGGGAACAGUAUGUCCCCCUCACCGUGUGUACACAUCUGGAACAGUGUAUUAAGGAAACUGAGGUUGAAGUACAGAAACUACUGAAGCAGAAUGAGUAUUUUGAGAGAAGUAUUGAAGAAAUGGAAGUGGACUUGAAAGAGGCUAUACAACAAGCAGACACCAGCGAGAGGGAUGCUAAGCGAAUCUGGAGAAAAGUGAACUCGAGACGGGGGCUACCUCACAUUCCUAAUCUGAUGAACGGAGGACCACAUGAAAGUGAUGACGAUGAGGAUGAUGAAAGUAAAUGGAAUUGGUACAUCUCCUAAGCAUCGUUGACCAAUCAUGUGGUGAUAUGAGUUUUGUAUGGCUACAUAUGUAACUAAUACUGGCUGCAUCACCACUGUACACAUAUGUGUACAAAAACAAGGAUUUCCACAAUAAAAAAAAGAGAGAUUUUUUUUCUAAAGUGACUUAAAAUGAAAAUUGACAUUGUUAUCAUUUCACUUCCACAUCACCCUUUAAUGUAUUAUGUAUUGACUGUUGAUUUUGAUUGAUAGUCCAUGGGAAAUAGAUAAUUCCAGACUUUGUAAAGGGUCUCAACGUUCUGUUAAUAAAUGUUUCAUUCCUGAAGAAAAUGUCUGCCAGUUGAUCAUCCAAGAAUAUUGUCUCAUCGUCAGUUAAAUAAUAUAGAGAGUUAAACAUUGUAAUGAUUGAAGUAUAAGUUUGUAAUAAAUAAGAUGUAGCUCCAGUAAGAUAGAUGAAGAUAUUCUUUGUGAUUCAUGUGACUCUGGAGAGUGUAAAUUGUACUAAAGUCACACUGCUAGAUUUACAGCGUUGAAUUUCUAUAAUAAUAAACAUGUCUACAUACUGUGCUGAAGAGUCCGUGGAUUGUGUACAUGAUUAUAUUUAAUGUCAGAAAGUUCAACAUUCCUGUGAUUAUACUGUAGCCAAACAACAUAUCUACAUAUCUGUACAUGGUGAAAUGGUAAAUUAGGUAAUGGUCACAGGUGUAUUGUGUCAGUACAGAAAGGUCACAGGUGUAUUUUGUCAGUACAGAAAGGUCACAGGUGUAUUGUGUCACGGAAAGAAAGGUCAUAGGUAUAUUGUGUUAGUACAGAAAGGUCACAUAUGUAUUGUGUUAGUACAGAAAGGUCACAGGUGUAUUGUGUCACGGAAAGAAAGGUCACAGGUGUAUUGUGUUAGUACAGAAAGGUCACAGAUGUAUUGGGUUAGUACAGAAAGGUCACAGGUGUAUUGUGUCACGGAAAGAAAGGUCACAGGUAUAUUGUGUUAGUACAGAAAGAUCACAGAUGUAUUGUGUUAGUACAGAAAGGUCACAGGUGUAUUGUGUUAGUACUGAAAGGUCACAGGUGUAUUGUGUUAGUACAGAAAGGUCACAGGUGUAUUGUGUUAGUAUAGAAAGGUCACAGAUGUAUUGUGUCAGGGACAGAAAGGUCAUAGGUGUAUUGUGUCACGGAAAGAAAGGUCAUAGGUAUAUUAUGUCAGUACAGAAAGGUCACAGGUGUAUUGUAUUAGUACAGAAAGGUCACAGGUGUAUUGUGUUAGUACAGAAAGGUCACAGGUGUAUUGUGUUAGUACAGAAAGAUCACAGAUGUAUUGUGUUAGUACAGAAAGGUCACAGGUGUAUUGUGUUAGUACAGAAAGGUCACAGGUGUAUUGUGUUAGUACAGAAAGGUAACAGGUGUAUUGUGUUAGUACAGAAAGGUAACAGGUGUAUUGUGUUAGUACAGAAAGGUCACAGGUCUGAGGUGUAUUGUGUCAGGGACAGAAAGGUCAACAGGUGUAUUGUGUUAGUACAGAAAGGUCAACAGGUGUAUUGUGUUAGUACAGAAAGGUCACAGGUGUAUUGUGUCAGUACAGAAAGGUAACAGGUGUAUUGUGUUAGUACAGAAAGGUCAUAGGUGUAUUGUGUCAGUGCAGAAAGGCCAUUGGAAUGAGAUACCAAAUGCUACCACAUAUGAUACUAGAUAGUAGGCUUGUUACUGUAGACUUUUAACUGAUUAACAAGUGUUAUACCGGAUAUGAUAUCCCUGUUGUAUUCUGGAUAAUUCAUUUGUGGAUGUCUUUUACUGUAUCAUACAGAUUGUGUGUCAACGUUCUUAAGAAAUAUUCUAGCAUUGUUUAUUUUGUAUUAAGCCCAAUCUGUGAUACAAUGUACAAAGUAAGAUUGUUAAUUAAAAUUGAUACAAACUAAAGUUA